AUGGCUGCUAAUACUAGAUAUGAGCCAGCUCCUCAGCGGGACUCGUUUGAGGAGCGCGCAUACACUCAGCCCCCGCCAUCUUAUCAGGCAACGGCCGAUUACUCCCAAGCGCCUCGCAGUGAGGACGACAAUGUUCCCGAUGACUUCAAGUUCGGUGGAAUGGUCGCAGAAGGAACGCUACCUAUCCGGAUGCAAUUCGUCCGGAAGGUCUACGCCAUCCUAACUGCUCAGCUCCUUCUAACAACCAUCAUGAGCUCAAUCUCCUUCUUCAGCGACAGCUACCGCCUUUGGAUUCAGUCCAACUUCUGGCUGAUGAUCGUCUCAGUCUUCGGUGCCUUGGGCUUCAUGCUCGUAACAUACUGGAAGCGCAAGAGCUACCCGGCCAACCUUCUUUUCCUGACAGCCUUCACGGUUCUCGAGGCCUACUCCAUCAGCGUCGUGACGUCCUUCUAUGACGCGCGCAUCGUAGUGCAAGCCCUUAUCCUGACACUCGGCAUGUUCGUCGCGCUCACGCUCUUCGCAUGCCAGACGAAGUACGAUUUCACCAACUGGAUGCCGUACCUGUUCGGUGCGCUCUGGUUCUUGAUCCUGUUCGGCUUCGUCGCUGCGUUCCUCCCUCAUAGCUCUACUGUUGAGCUCGUCUAUAGCGCCUGGCGGCGUUGAUCUUCUCCGGUUAUAUCCUUGUCGACACGCAGUUGAUCAUGAGACACUACCAUGUUGAGGAGGAGAUUGCCGCAAGCAUCUCGCUCUACUUGGAUAUUCUUAACCUGUUCCUGGCCAUCCUCCGAAUCCUAAACAACCAGCAGAACAACUAAACCUGUGUAUCAAAGUUGGUUGCUUGAGACCGAAGCGCUGGGAAGACAGAUUGUGUCGCAGUUCCAGACUGUCUGAUAAGAUGACUUAAUUGUGGUCAGCCGCAAAUUGGGCUUGUUUCUAUAUAUCUAUUAAUCAUGCUAGGUCUUUUUGCCCAUGACUUGGCCCUGUUCCUGGCGUUCUAGCUCUUUCUGUUUCGGCCUCAUAUGUGAUAUACCGUAUUUUAAGUUGUGCUUUGGAGCUUUGAAUUAUUGAUAAUUGA